UGCAUGUUUUGCUUUUGCUUUGCGUGCGCUGUGUGAACAACAUGGCGCAGAGCCUUGCGUUUGACGUGUGUGAUCGUGUACGUUGCAUUUUAUGUUUAUUUAUAGUUAUAAUAUCCUGUGUUGGAACUGCAUGUGCAUCAUUUGGUGAUAACACAACAUUUCCUGUUGCGAGGUACUUGAACUAUAAUGAAACGACGACAUUUCUGCAUGAACUCUCCCGCAAGCACUCAUCGCUUGCAUCUGUUUACACUAUUGGUAAAAGCGUUAAGGGUCGCGAAUUGUGGGUGCUGAAAAUAAGUACCGACGCGCACGUGCGCACAAUGGGAAAGCCAGCUUUCAAGUACGUCGGAAAUGUGCACGGCAACGAAGCGCUGGGCCGACAAUUGCUGCUUUACCUUAUGGAGUACCUCCUCGAAAACUACGGCUCUGAUCCCCGUGUCACCAGACUCAUCAACCACACGGAGAUCCACAUCUGUCCUUCGUUAAACCCCGACGGCUACGAGGAUGCCACGGAAGGUGAUUGUGAGGGAGCGAAAGAGGUAUCUGGCCGACGGAACGCCCACGAUGUGGACAUCAACUCGGACUUCCCGGACCAAUAUGAGCGCUUUGGUUCCGAGACAGACGGCCGUCAACCAGAAACGUUAGCUGCCAUGACGUGGAUCGUGUCGAACCCAUUCGUCCUCUCCGCCAACUUACACACCGGAAGCGUGGUUGCGAGCUACCCUUACGACAGUGCUCCACAAAGUGAAGGAGAUGCGGUUUUGAGCCCGACGCCGGACGACGAGCUGUUCCGACACCUCGCAAAAACGUACGCCAAAAAUCACAGAACUAUGUUCAAGGGCAACCAGUGCGAGCAACAAUUUAAUGAUGGCAUUACAAAUGGUGCAGAGUGGUCUGUCGUUCGUGGUACAAUGCAGGACUUCAACUAUGUUUUUACAAAUUGCAUGGAGAUUACGUUGGAGCUUUCAUGUUGCAAGUAUCCGCCAAGCAGUGAACUACAAAAAGAGUGGGAUAACAACAGGAACGCCCUCCUGAUUUACAUGGAGCAGGUGCAUAUGGGUGUGAAAGGUGUCGUUAAAGAUGCCAUUACAGGAGUGGGCAUAGAGAAAGCUAUCGUUACCGUGGAGGGCAUAAAUUACAACGUCACAACAACCGCAAGAGGAGAGUUCUGGAGGUUGCUUCUACCUGGAACCUACAACAUCCACAUUUCAUCGCCUGGGUAUCGGAACAUAACAAAAAGGAGUGUCAGAGUAGCUACUGGCGGUGCUACCUGGGUGGAUGCUGCCCUCGAAUCUGACAACACCUCGUCUAAUGCAACAUCCGAGUCCUACCCACAGAACGCACCUCACGACCCAGACUUUGAGUUCCUCUCCCCUCCGGAAUUCAAACAUCAUCACUUCCAAGAGAUGGAGGCUAUUGUGAAGGACAUAGCGAAGAACUACCCCACUAUCACCCGCCUGUUCAGCAUUGGAAAAUCUGUUCAGGGCCGAGACCUCUAUGUCCUCGAGAUCAGUGACAACCCUGGAAUUCAUGAACCAGGUGAACCAGAGUUCAAGUACAUUGCCAACAUCCACGGAAAUGAGGUUGUGGGCCGUGAGCUGCUACUGCUGCUAAUGCGACUCUUGUGUGAGCAGUAUGGCCGCUCCCAACGCCUCACUUCUCUGGUCAACAACACCCGAAUAUUCAUGAUGCCUUCCAUGAACCCCGAUGGCUAUGAGAUGUCCCAAGAGAAGGACUACGGAAGCGUGUCCGGACGCUUCAAUGCCCAUAACGUAGAUCUCAACAGGGAUUUCCCCGACCAAUUCCUGCCUAACAGGACUGGGACAACCCGUGAAGUUGAGACUGAAGCCAUGAUGCGGUUUGUGCUUGCCCAACCAGUGGUGCUCUCUGGAAGCCUUCACGGUGGAGCCCUUGUGGCAAAUUACCCAUACGAUGCUAGCCCAAAGCAUUCAGACAGAGCAUAUAGUAAGACGCCUGAUGAUGCGUUGUUUCGUUACAUUGCCCUCAGCUACUCGAAGGCUCAUCCCACAAUGCAUCUCGGUAGGCCAUGCCCAAAAGGUCCCAUGGAUGAUGAGUUUAAAGAUGGGAUUACCAAUGGCGCUGCAUGGUAUAACCUUUAUGGCGGCAUGCAAGAUUUUAACUACCUGAAGAGCAACAGCUUUGAAUUGACAAUAGAGAUGGGUUGCUUCAAGUACCCACCAGCCAGUAUGCUACCCAAGCUAUGGAAUGAUCACAAACGUCCGCUGGUUGUCUUUAUGGAACAAACCCACAUUGGAGUUAAGGGAUUUGUAACCGAUGAAAAUGGAAACCCUAUUACAAACGCCACAAUACACGUCAGAGGUAUUUCCCACGAUGUUCGAACUGCCAAGGACGGUGAUUUUUGGAGGCUUUUGGUUCCUGGCACCUACUCUGUCUCUGCAUUAAUAGACGGGUUCCCGUCGCCAGCGCAGCGAGUCGUCGUGACCGAAGGCAAAAGUGCAGUGGCAAACUUCACCAUGAACCGUGCCCACGCACGCUGGUCCAAGAAACGUGACAUGUUGAUUGGUGAAAACAUGGAGGCGCGUUACCUCUCUGCCGAGGAGCUGAGUAACUUGAUAAUGCAACUGCGUUCCACUCAUAACGAUAUAAUGGAAGUGAAAGACAGCCACGAUCCACAAGGAAAGAAGGCCCUUGAGCUGAUCCGAAUUACCGGAAAGGGACCAAAAACAAAGCCAGAGGUGCUUCUAAUCGCUGGUCUUCAAGGAGAUCGACCUGUCGGAAGAGAGAUGCUGGUUCGUCUUGCAAGACACUUGCUAAUUGGUUACAAGAAGGGAAACAGACGGAUCAAGGCCUUGCUGGACAAGGUCGCUGUCCAUUUGGUACCCGUUGUUGGGGACUUUGUGCAAGCACAGCCAGGCACUUGCAAGGCAAUAAGAAGAACCGAUGUACCUGACAUAGAAGAGGGUUUUGAAAGUGAACGUCUGCCACCAGCUGAGGCGCUGAAGAUGAGUAUGGCAUCAUACCACUAUGUAGCAGGACUGAUGCUCGAGUCUGGAGGCUACGGCAUAAGGAUUCCCAAUAAUGCUACAAACAGUGGUGUGUGGGACAACGUAACAACUGAUGCUCUACUGAAAGGCUUUAGCAAGACUCUGGGCAAGAAGGAAUGUUCAGUACCCCUGCAGACUGUCACAAAUGGAUCAUUCUUGAGCUAUGCAUAUUCAAAACAUGGAACACUCAUGUUGUCUGUGCACAUUGACUGCUGCAGUUACCCUCUAUCCAGUGAGUUGCCUGAACUCUGGAUGAGAAGCUUGGAGCCGCUUUUGCAGUUUGUGGAAGCUGCUGGAACUGUAAUCCAUGGGACAGUGACAGAUGAAUAUGGAAGCGUCAUCAACGAAUCCACAGUCACAAUGCAAAGCAGCAAGCGCCCAGUACCAGUCAGCAAUGGCGCCUUCUUUAUUACCACAGCACCCGGGAAAGUGGUGCUCACUGCAUCUGCUCUCCGGUUCGAGAUGAGAGUAUCGAGGGUAGUGGUGUCAGGCGGGGACGUCACCAACCUGGCUAUGGUCCUUGAGCCCGACUUAUUCGAGCACAAGUACCACGGCUACGCAGAAAUGGUACAACUGCUCAAAGACAUUGCUCACAAACAUCCAAACAUCACUCAUCUGUACAGCAUGGGGCACAGCACAAAGGGCAAGGACAUACCUGUAUUGAUAGUUGGAAAAAAUGCAAACACCCACACCCCUGGCCACCCCGAGGUUGCCCUGUACGCUGGGGUUCGGGGUACAGACCGUGCCGCCUCUGAGGUCGUACUGCACCUGGCCCACACUUUGGUCACCCAACAUCAUCACAUCCCUGAAAUCAGACAGAUCGUUUACCACUCGCGUAUCCACAUUGCACCAGUGCUCGACCCCGACAACAUGGAGAGGGCUGCAGUCGGAGAGUGCACUCAUGUGCCUGACCCAGCUGCUGCUAACAUGGUGGACCUCUACUCUGCAUUUGGAAAACACUCUGCAAGCUCCCAUCCUGAAGUGCAGGCCGUAGAGAAAUGGAUAGGAAAGAUACCAUUUGUCACGUCACUUGCCAUUAUUAGUGGUGGUCAUACCGCCGCAGUGGUUUUGCCACAAAGCAUCAAUAGGGCAGACCACGACGUGCUGUCUGCUCUUGCUAAGGCUUACGCAGAGUUCAACUACGAGGCUUCUGAAGAAUAUGCGGGAUGCACUGCAAAUAAAAGCGCUGUCCCAGAAGGCAUGCCUAUUGAAGUGAACUCUGAAUACAAACUUCCAGACGGAUUCAUUACGGAAUUUGUUCAUAAUACCACUGGCACAUAUGGACUAACAGCUGCCAUCUCAUGCUGCCCCGCCCCUUAUGUGGAGGACAUGUUGCGUUUGUGGUACUGGAACAAACAGCCCCUUCUGGAGUUCCUUCAGCAGACAACACGUGGGAUCUCUGGACUUGUGCUGACACGAAGCCGAGAAGCAAUUUCUGGUGCGAACAUUACCAUAAAUAAUCAACCUGUUCAGAGACGGACUACAAAAAUUGGAGAAUUUUGGAUCCCCCUUGGUGAAGGAAGCUAUACGAUGGUUGUGUCUGCACCAGGAUACUUUCCAAUGACAAAAAUGGUAGAUGUGUAUGCUGGGCCAGGUACAAGGGUGGAGUUCCUUUUGUACGAGAACAACGUAGUGGCAGGUCUUCCAAAGCACGUUUUCGUUGUUUUGCUUGGUUCACUGGUUCUGCUCAUCUUGGUGGGCUCUCUGUGCACCUACAGUGCUGUGCUUCGUCAAAGGCCACAGCACGCCGGUUUCAUUCCUGUCGACGGAAACCUGUUUGAAGAUGACGACGACGACGAAGAGUACAAGGUGGAAAAAAGUGAUGGGACGCAUAGAAGGUUGCUCAAGACCCUGGAAUACCAUGAUGCCUCUUCGUCGGAAGAUGAAAUCUACAAUACAAAACACUGGAGAAAUGGAAAGUUGGCAGAGGCAUAGUCUGCUUCAAUACAUUUUUUUAGAUUUAUGGACAGCUGUUGCUACAGGUAAACACACAAAAAAAAAAAACUGGUUCUGCAAAUUUUAUGUCGCUUUGUAGUUUCGAUUAUUUUGCAAUACAUACUUUCAUGUAUUGGGGCAACAUUCCUAAAGCUGCAUGCCCCAGCUCAUCAUGCACCUUUCAUGACUUCAUCUAUAUGUAAAUAGAGUAAACCACAAAGGCAACCUCUUUGAGCGGCUGUGCGGUUCUUGAUAGUGUCUCUAUUAUUAUUAUUAUUAUUAUGUACAUGGCCUGUGCAUUAUUUUAAAGGGUGUGUUACUAAGCUUCAUUCCAAGACGUCUCUGUACGUGUAACCUUCACAUCUGGCAUUGUUUCAACGGUUGUCAUGUCAAAGUUGUAGUUCGUUGUGGUCGUUACAUGGGAAGAGUACAGUGGCCUUAUUUCAUAAUGUGUGCUGGUGCGCAUAGAGAGAUCCUACGCACAGGUCAAUCCCCAAGAAAAGGAAUCUAGGUCAGAUACUAACGCAUGGUGAGAUCACAGUGGUCUGCUGUGUACACAGAUGGUGCCUUCAGUCCGAACGGACUAUGGUACAUCUAACUUGUCCCAAAACAGAAUUUAGAAUCUCAUCACGUGUAACAACUGCAAGUUAAUCCUAGUUCUUACCUUUAAAAUGACAGCAUGUAGAAAAAGGAACGUAAGGCGACCUGGCUUUGAAUACUCCAUGCAAGAGAGGUACACGAUUAACUUCUCAGUAUAGCAUGAAUGGGGCCUGACAUUUUCGGGUUGUAUUCUUCAGCAACAUCAGGGGGUAAAUAUCUGGUUAUAUGCUGCGAGUUGAACUGAACCAGAUUCACCCCAAUUCUGGUUUACUUGGCAUAAUACACGACACACCAGUAGACAGAGUAUCUAUAUUUUAGUCCGUGCAUUUAAGAGGCAGCACGGCCUCUGUUUCGCCACUUUGUACGAGCAUACUUAUGCAUUUUCAACACAGUUUCCGAAGUUCUGUGUUUGUUAUGAUGACUUCGCAUCCCCCUGGUCCAGCAGUUUUCGGGGAAAUAUCGGGUUAAACCCUGUUUUUGCUGAUUUGAAUUUGGGGGUAAAUAUUGGACGUAAUCGGUUAUAAACCCUAAAAAGUCAGGCCCUAAGCAUGAACUAUCAUAUGAAGAGAAUUUCUAGGCCAAUUUCGCUGUGGUGCUCUCAGCAAACUAGGGGUUGACUUGUGCAUGGCAAUGUGCAAUACGGCUAAGAACACUACUGUGUCAAAUGAUAUGCAUUUCACUAAACAUGCUCAUCCAAUGGUCUUCAAAGGAGCCACAUGAAAUUAUUGACCACCUGUGAAAAACUCUGCACGGCAAGCCUUAAUGUACUCUUAAGAAGUGGCAUGGCUUUGCACAGUAGAACCUCGUUAUAAUUUGAUGAGACUGCUAAAAAAAACACUAUAUCAGUUCAUGGCUGAGGUUUUAAAACAUGGGACCUCAGAUUUAGUUCACUAUGUCCAUAUCUUCACUGUGUGCAGGUUCUACUGUAGUACCCAUUUGUGAACAAUUCUCCCAUCGUGCAGAAGGGUCACACUGCCACUUAAGAUACCAGCAUAACUGUCUGUUGACAUGACGACUCAGUACUCUAUGGUACAUCCACAUUGAUUCAGUGCUGCCUGAAGAAGCAGUCAUGAGGAUAAGGAGCAUUUGUCUUUCUGUGUCUUGCUGUUCAAAGGACAAGGUGGAUCUGCCCUCAGAAGCACUACAGUACCCUCAUACUGUGAGUGUUAGAAUGAGAUGACAUCAAAGAGUACUGCAGUGCAGCUCCAUUGCAGGGACUUUAGUAUAGAGACAGCAUUCCUAGUAUGUCAGCAGUGCCCUACAUAGAUGUUAUUGUUCACAAGCUUACUUUGUGUGUGUUUUGUUACCAGACCACCCAGAUGUUGACUGUGAUUCAUGAAAUGUUUACACACACAUACUGAGAACCCCAAACUGUUGUUAGCACAUUCCAUGUUGUGUAUGCAGUGUCACAGGCUGUUUCAAUACUUGAAAUGUGUAACGUGUACUGAACAAGUUACCCACAUUUGACUAUCCUUUUGUACUUAAGCCCAAAAGAACGAAAUUGCUACUUCUAGUCAAUUCUCGGCAGAAAUAAAGGAGACUCUAAACAUAC